AUGUGGUGCCUUCCUAAUUUUGCCAUUCAUGCUGGCUGGAUUGGCUUGUCCCUGUUAAUCCAGCUUCAUGUUUGUCUCGGUAUCGUACUUCCAACCCAGUAUGAUACUAUCUGGGACACUCAGAGCUCCAACUCUGCAGACUCAAUGCCCUUGGGUGGUGGAAGCGUGGGCUUGAACGUCUGGGCAGAAUCCGCGCAUAGCGGAGCGUUCGAUGAGAAUAAUUCUCUCUUAAAGCUCGGUCGUGUGCGACUGAGGAUGCAACCGAAUCCUUUCGCAGUCAAUGCGACUCAGUUUGAACAGAGACUUCAUCUAAACGAAGGGUAUAUUAGUUUCACGGGUGAUAAUAACACGGUCAUCCACAUAUGGGUAGACGUUGAGACCUCGGGGAUACAUGUGAAUGUUACUGCUGGCAGUCCUGUCAGUCUGACAGCGUCGUACGAGAAUUGGAGAACUAAGGGCUGGCAGAUGGUAGAAGGAGAGCAAAGGCAAACAUCAUGGGGAGUUGAAUAUGUUCCCGCUAUCCCUCUGCCAACACAAUAUCCCGAUAAUAUCUCAUUCGUCUCAGGCGGGGUAUUGAGUUAUCAUCACAACACCGACAACCCCUUGUUCGCAUGGCAGAUUCCCGAGCAGAAUCUGUCUCGUGCGGAUCCUUGGUCCUUCUAUAACCCGAUGACCAACAAUACUUUCGGAGCCUACAUGACAUCUCCACAACUGCGUCCAGGAGGCAUAACCGAGCAAUUGAAGUACCAGUCUACAAACUACACUGCCUAUCAUCUGGUUUCACCCCGUGCGUCAACUUCAUACCAGCUUUAUGUAGCUAUUGGCCAAAAUCAGACCACUGAGGUUGAUAAAUGGUCUGCUGCCUUGGUGCAGUCAGCAGCCUCGAUGCCCAACACCAACUGGCAGACUACGGUGGCCUGGUGGCGAUCAUUCUGGGAUCGGUCGCACAUCAUUAUCAACCCAGAUGCUGGUCCGAACGAUGAGGGAUUCCAAGUCGGAAAAAAUUACCAAUACUUCCGGUUCAUGCUGGGGUGUAACGCCGGUGGGCAAUUCCCCACUCGUUUCAAUGGCGGUUUGUUCACCUUUGAUCCGGUCCUCGUGUCCGACGGAGCUCCCUGGUCGCCCGACUAUCGUAAAUGGUCUGGGGGCACCUAUACUGCUCAAAACCAGCGUCUUCUCCUCUGGCCUCUCCUCAAGAGUGGCGACUUUGAUAUCUUGCGCCACGGGCUUGACUUCUACAAGAACAUUACCCCCAACAGCCGUCGCCUGGGGCAAUUGUACUUCGGCCUGGACGUCGCGCUCACCUCUGAACAGAUCGAUAAUACCGGCCUUCCCAACACGUAUGAGUACAAUGCCAAGUAUUUUGAUGGUGACGGGCCACGAACAGCUUUAUAUCCGCCUGGCAUCGUGUUUGGCGACUAUCUGAGUUGGCUAUCAGAUACCGCCAACGAGUUCGCAGAUAUUGCGGUACUGUCUCAAACUUAUGGGGGCCUCAAUAUCGACGAAUAUAUGCCAUUCGUCGAGUAUCAACUGGCCUGGUUCGACGAGUUCUACCAGAUGCGUAACGGGCUGGAGAGUAACGGCUCCUUGAUUCUUUACCCAGCGUCCGGCGCCGAGACCUACAAACUCGCUCUAAACCCUUCUUCCACCAUCUCAGGAUUGCGGCGGACGGUGAUGGACAUUCUCCUCACGAAUCCCAACUAUGUCAAAGGCAAUCGAUCGUAUUACGAGGGUUAUUUGUCGCGCAUCCCUGCUACACCGCUGCACCCUUGUCCUGGGGCUUCUGAGCUUAUUUGUAUAUCUCCGGCCGUGAAUUAUUCAACUACAGUCAACAGCGAGCCUACAGCCAUGUACCCCGUCUUUCCUUGGAGCGAGUACGGCCUUGGUCAGCCGACCAAUCUCAGUUAUGCUAUGCAUGCGUACUUCAAUGACAGUCAAUCCGCUGGCUAUCAUGGCACCUAUGGCUGGCGCCAGGAUCAGAUCUGGUGGGCGCGGAUGGGGUUGACCGAGCUGGCCAAGGCGAACACCAUCUCCCGACUAUCGGACAGCACCACGUACCGCUUUCCCACUUUCAAGGGCCCCAAUUAUGACUGGAGCCCCGACAUCAAUCACUAUGGCAGCGCUGCAAUCGGGCUGCAGGAGAUGUUGAUGCAGACUUUUGCCAGGAAUAACACCCAAAUCCGCCUCUUGCCAGCGUGGCCCAGUGACUGGACAGGGUAUUUCAAAUUGUUGGCGCCGUCCCAGACGACAGUAUCAGGGAAUCUUACAGGGGGUAGUGUAGUAGAUAAUCUAGUCGUUGAACCUGCCAAUCGCCGUCAAGAUGUGGUGUACGGCAUGGAUUAG